AUGAUCAUGUAUACAUUUCUUCUACUUAUAUUUUAUUUCUUACCUAUUAUUUAUGGUGAACGUCAACAAACGGAAUUUGAUAAUAAUCAAAGAAUGUUUAUGCCACAUUCGGUAGCUGCUGCUUAUUUACUUCGUUUACCAAUACGACAAUAUCAAAAUACAGUUUUAGAUUCAAGAAUUGAUAGUUCACCAUUGUUAAUGUCAUCUGAUCAAAAUGAUCCAGAUGAACAACAACGUACGAAAAGAAUCUAUUGGGAAAAUCUUGCAUUUCAUGCAGCAGAUUUUAAAAAGCCAAAAAGAUUUAAAUAA